AUGCACGCUUCGGAUGAUGCCGCAGCCGGGUAUCACUGUCGCAAGGCGCUGGGCGACAGCGCAGCAGAUGAGCUGCUGGGGAGGUUGAUGAGGAAUCACAUGGAGAAUGAAUACCGCAUGUAUCUUCCGACGUCCAAGUGCGAAAGCAGCGACAACGAGGAACCGGCGGAUGGUUUAAUUCAAGACAUCGACCGGCGGGACGAGGGGAAGUCGCCAGACGGCCGCAGCGCCGAGGCGGGUCAAGCGGAGGCGGAAGCCGCGGAAGCCGCCGAAGCCCCAAGCCAGAUCGCGACGGAUGUCCCGGAACGUGACGUGGCAGACGCAGCCGAGAAUGAGAAAGGCAAAGAAGCUGAAGAAGAUUCCGAGGCCGCCAAGGAGGCACAGGCCGACAAGGAGGCCGAAGCUGCGAGAAAAGCGAAACUGGAGGCGAUCGUGUCGGGCCGUUUGGAGGUGCGAGAGGAGGCAAGCAGGGAGAGAUGGAAGAUCGAGGAAGAGGAGGACUCAGGAGACGAAGCUCUGGGUGUCCUUUCCAGCUUGGGGCGAUCCAUGAGCACCUGGGCAAGUGUGGCCAUGAUUGGUUUCUCCUUCACCAUGAGUAGUGACCCUACCGUGGCCGGUCGACAAAUCGCUAACCUCUGCCGCAGAAAGGGCGGAAUUUAUGUUAAAGCAGCUCAGACAGCUUCUUCCAUGGAUUACGCAUUCCCCAAAGAAGUUCUGGAGGAGUUCCAGUCUCUGCAGGACUCCGCGGACGCCCAGACCUGGGGCGAGAUCUCCGAGCGAGUUGAGAAGCACACGCCCGGCGGAAUCGGCACGGUCUACGAGUCUUUCGCCGAGGAUCCUGUUAAUGCUGCCUCCAUCGCGCAAGUCCACGUGGCGCAGAGGAAAACUGGAGACAAAGUGGCAGUGAAGAUACUUCGCCGCAGCACCGCCCAAACCUUCGACCAUGAUGUGGGCGACUAUCUCUCACUGCUCGGGAUGUACGAGUCGACGACAGGAAUUCCUGUGAAAUGGAUGAUGGAGUGGGCGAUGGAAGAGCUCAAGAAGGAGCUAGAUUUUCGCAUCGAGGCCGAUUUGCACGAAAAGUGUCAGAAGUUCAUAGGUUCUCAAGAUGAGCUUCGUGGACGUCUGAGCGUCCCAGUCCUCCACUCCGAACUGUGCAGCUCAGCUUGGUCCAGUGUGCUGUGCGUGUCACGUGAGCCCUUAACCCCAAGCCAUGUAGCAGUAGUAGUAGUGGUAGUGGUAGUGGGUAGUGGUAGUGGGUAG